CAUUGACAGAAAUUAAUGAACAAUUGGAUUAUUUGAUUAUUUGCAGUUAUUUACUGUCUGAUAGAACAAGAAUGACAACAAUUCGACCCUUCACAUGCGAUGACUUGUUUAGGUUCAACAAUGUCAAUUUGGAUCCGUUGACAGAGACUUAUGGUCUGCCAUUUUACAUGCAGUACCUGGCACACUGGCCUGAAUACUUUCAGAUUGCUGAAUCUCCAGACGGACAGAUCAUGGGAUACAUAAUGGGUAAAGCUGAAGGAUCUGGCGAGAUGUGGCAUGGUCAUGUGACUGCUCUGACAGUGGCACCUGAAUUUAGAAGACUUGGUCUUGCUGCAAAACUGAUGCAGAAUCUUGAAAACAUUUCUGAGAAAAAACAAUGUUAUUUUGUGGAUUUAUUUGUGAGAGUUUCAAACCAGGUUGCCGUUGAGAUGUAUAAGAAAUUAGAAUAUAGUGUUUAUCGGCGUGUUUUAGAAUAUUAUUCUGGUGAUGUGGAUGAAGAUGCUUUUGAUAUGCGCAAAGCUUUACCAAGAGAUGUUGACAAGAAAUCGAUUAUCCCCUUAAAACAUCCUGUGCGACCUGAAGAACUGGAAUGACUAUCAAUAUUUUGGACUGUUAUUGAUAUCAUGAAAUUAAUUGUGUUUGUAAUAGUAUUUUUUAUUGUGUAUCAAAUUGUUUUUGUACAUUUUACCAACCAGUCUGCAUGGUCAUAUUGAAUGUCAAUAAAAUUAUUUUGGAAAUUGA